AUGGUUCUCCUCGGCAUGAUUGUUGGGGGCUUCCGCGUCCUCAGCCAUCUCGCCCAUGCCUACGGUCCUCCCGAUGGAAGUCAGAGGAUGGUUGGCAUCCCGAGCACCCGCGGUCUCUGCUCUGGGAUCGCCGGUACCCUUGGCACGGUUGCCUUCCAAGUCGAGAACUCACUCAGUGGGUUUGACGACACGACCUCUGGUAUGCUCGACUACUCUGUCAUGGUUCUCGGCCACGGAAUGGUAUCCAACGUGGCGACACUCUUCUUCGGCGACGUCCGACAACCUCGCCUUCGUCAACGACACCUUUCUGUCCACGGUUACACGGUCUACGGCUUCACCGACCUCGUUCUGCACCUCGUUCGCGAAGACCCCGACAACACUGGCAUCCUCGAACAAUCCGCCACGACGACGGACAUCAUCGUCGCACCCAAGUACGAGCUCAUCCUCUGGUCCGACGCACACCUGUCCCCGAUCCCCGAGCCCUCGCUGAUGACGAAGGAUCUCAUCGUCGCUCCAGCCUUCGAGCUCGCCGUCUGGGUCCCUCAAAACACGUGCCUCAUCUGCGAAGCCCCUCGCCCUCAGGCUCAGCCCGUCCUCCUCGACGCUGCUCCUCGUGUUCCGGAACUCGAGCUUCAUAUCGUCGGCCUCACUCUCGGUACGGCCGCACAGGUCUCUGGUCAUGGUCUCUUCUCCUUGUCCGUGAUCACGACAUCAUGGUAUAACACCGGCAUCGGCUGCGGCCCCAUUAUUCCCAUACACAUAACGAAUUACCACCCUCCCGCAAGCGGUCAACCCAGACUCGAUCCGGGCUCAGAGGACCUCUCCGAUCUCUCAGAUGAAGCCCUCGAGCGCGAGAUCGCUGAGCUCAUGCGCGCGAUGGCUGAGCACGACGCGAACAUCGACAGGCUGCAACGCGUCCUCAGUCAAGUAGAGAGGCCUCGCCAGCGCGGAGGGCGCGGCGACGACAGGCUUGCGCUCGCCCAGGCAAGAUGGAUGAUGCAGAGGAAGAAGAGGAUGAGGAGG